UACAGGAAAGAGAAUGCGAUAACCAGAAACCGGAAGUAAGCGUUGUAAAAACAACUAGUUGUUUAGUAGGUCGGUGAGUAACUAUUUACAACAAGAAGUAAAUCUGCGAUUCGAAAGUUUCAAUAUGGGAAUUACAGCAAGUCAACUUGGGAAGGAUUUGCUCUCAGAAUAUCAAGAACUGACAUUCCUGACGAAACAAGAAAUUCUUCUCGCUCACAAGAGAUUCACGGAACUGCUCACUAAAGAUGAGAAAGAUCUCCCAAAUACAAGAGUACCAAUGGAGAGGAUUCUUACUCUGCCAGAACUCAAGUCCAACCCUUUCAGGAAAAGAAUCUGCCAUGUAUUCUCAACAUCUGAACUAAAAGAUGGAAGCCUCACAUUUGAGGACUUUCUGGAUCUUUUGAGUGCCUUCAGUGACUCUGCGACUCUGGAAAUCAAAUCCCACUAUGCAUUCCGUAUAUUUGACUUUGACGAUGAUGGAACCCUUGAUGGUGGUGAUCUGGAGAAGCUGGUUAACUGUCUGACCGGGGAGACUGAUGACACGAGGCUAACUACAGAGGAAAUGCGACAGCUCAUCAGCAAUAUUCUUGAAGAGUCGGACAUUGACAAAGAUGGAACUGUGAACCUCUCAGAGUUUCAGCAUGUCAUUUCAAGAUCACCAGAUUUUGUCAGUUCUUUCAAGAUUGUGCUGUGAAGACCUCCAGUGGGCUGUGGAAGUGCAUCAACCUUUAAUUCUCAUACUGUGGUGUUUAAUUUUCAAUUAUUCGAUUUUCGAUAUUCUUAAAUUAUAUUAACCUGUGGAUUUUAUCACCUUAGAUGUAUAAUAUUAGCAAUUUAAAACCCCUA